GUGGAGAUGUAGCCUUUUCCCCAACGUUUUAAUUUUCCCUCUCAACGGUCAGAAAACUCAAAAAUACAAGAAACGGAGAAAUUGGUGUCUUCAUAAUCUAAGCCCUGACACUUGAAGAACGGAGAAAGAAUCCAUCGAUUUCUUCCUUUCUCAGGAAGAUAUUCUUAACACACAGAAGAAAAAUGAGCGUCUUGCAAUACCAACAAGGGUUAACCCCCACAGAUAUUCAGAUUUGGAAUAAUGCUGCAUUUGACCAUGGAAGUUCUGAAGAACCGAGGCGUUUUCGGGCUCAAAUGAAGCCUCUUUUGGUGAAGAAGGUUGCAGAUUCAUUCGAAUCAGUUUCUACCAAAGAGAAUCGAAGUCCUCUUUUUGAAAACUCUCUUUUCGCCAAAUCUCCAACGCCUGCAGUCAAACCACUUCACCCGAACAGAGCUCUGGAAAAUCCCAAGUCUGGGUAUGGAGCAGGGAAUCUCAAACCCGGUUCUAUCGGCAAGGCUGAAGAGGAAAUUCGGGAUGAGAAGAAGAUCGAUAAGGAGAUUGAGGAGAUUGAGAAGCAGAUCAUCUUGCUAUCCUCAAGAUUAGAGGCUCUGAAAAUGGAGAAAGCUGAGAAAUCUGUCAAGAAUGUGGAAAGGCGAGGAAGAACCGUGACUGCGAAGUUCUUGGAACCCAAACAGAGCCUUAAGAAUGCGGAUGGGAUAAAAAAGAUGGAAGAAAGAUUCUCAUUGAGCGAAAAGGCUAGAGUUCAAAGGAGAGGACUUAGUUUGGGUCCAUCUGAGAUUCUUUCUGCAGUCAAAUCGCCUCUGUUUGGCAAGAUUACUCCAAUUCAACCCAUAAAUAACAGACGAAAAUCAUGUUUCUGGAAGCUUCAAGAUAUUGAUGAGGAGAACCAGAGAAAGACAACAAUGGCGAAACCCUUCCCUUCAAGACAGGCAGUGACUACCCUUCCCUCUAAUAAAACUGUGAAGAAAGAUGAAGUUUUUCUCAGCUCAGUUCAGCCCAAGAAGUUGUUUGACAAGUCUACCCCUGCUAAUAGCAAAAAAUCCCAGAGGGCAGGGAGGAUCAUCCCCAGCCGUUAUAAUCAGAACAUGGCUGUCUCAUCAGCAUUGAGGAAGAGAUCUUUACCUCUGGAAAACGACAAGGAUGACAACAAGAGAUGUGAUAAGAAACUGUCCUUAUGGGGAACUGAAAUCCGGGUGAAAAAGAGAUGGGAAAUUCCUGAGGAGAUUGUGUUGCAUCAGGGAUCAGAUUCAGAGAAAUCCCCAGAAAGCCCACCUGUGAUGCCUCAUAUGCUGCUGCUUCCAAGAAUCAAGACUGGUCGGUGUGUGAAGGACAGUCCAAGGGAUUCUGGACCUGCUAAAAGAGUUGCUGAGUUGGUUGGAAAGAAAUCAUUCUUCUGCAAUGAUGAUGAUGACGACGACGAUGAGGAGAGAGUGAUCUGUCAAGCUUUGAGCUUUGCAGAGGAAGAUGAUUCUUAAGAUGGCAAAUGAUGUGUGUUUCUGUGGCAUAUUUGAUUGAGCUUUUCAGAUAGUUUUUCUUUUUAGUUGGUUUCUGGUGUCAUAUAUGAGUUCCUGGCUCUACAAUUACAUGUGUAUGGUGAAAUUAUCAAUAAGUGUGGUUUGUUACUCCUUCCCGGCUUAUAAUGCAGUUUUUACUUUGUAAAAAAUGGAAAAUCCGUUUUUAUGCUUCAAGGAGAACUUUUUGUUUUAGUUUUUU